AUGGCCACUAUGCAAUUCGAAUACGAUCCAGAACGUCUUAUAGAAGAAGUGAAAAAACGCCCCGGUAUAUGGGACUUCGAGAAUAUAGAGUACAGAACGAAGGCUAUAAGGCACAAGUUAUGGACUGAGGUCGUUAACGAACUAAUGACAAGCGAUGUGAAGGUUUCAAAGAGCGAGAUGCGGGAACUUGAACUUCAACUCCAGAAAAAAUGGAAAAGUAUAAGGGACUGUUUCCAAAAAUACAUAACACACCCUAAUAGGACAAAACGGCCAUAUCUUUACAGCAAACAAUUGCAAUUUCUUUUGAAACAGCAAAACAUACAACAAGACGAGGCUUCUGGCGAAUCGGAUAAUGGUCGAGUGAAGAAAAAAGCUUGGAGACCAAGAAAAAAAUUGAAACUAACCAAAGAAAGUUCUGAGGACGACAACGACGUUGACUAUAACGAUGAUUCAUCUAAUGACGGUUCUGAGGGAGUACCGAAACAAAGUGUAUGCAACAAGUUUAUAGAUGACUUUGCGUUUGCGAGUGUAGACUCUCAGAGUAAAAGUGACCAACAUGAUGAUCCAGACAAAAUGUUCCUUCUAUCGCUUCUCCCACACUUAAAAUCAAUACCGGAAGAUAUGCGUUUAAAUGUUAAAUUAGAUUUGAUGCAAGUUUUGCGAAACGCAAAUUACCAUACGGCAGUAGACCAUAAAAUAAUA